UUGAAAAAAAUUACAUCAAUUUUGAAUAAAUUUCUUAUAUUAUCCCCAAAAACGAAUAUUACGACUAUUACUUUCUAACAAAUUCUUCCACCUCUUUAACAAUCAAAUUCUAUUAAACUCUUAUGUAGUUAAUUUUUUUCUUACUUUAACUUUUAUUUACCUGUUAUCUCUUAAAUAUCGAUCUAAACGAGCCCUAAAGGCGUAAAAUUUAGACUAGAUAGGAGGAAAGCUACUUAAAAAGAAAUGUAUUUCCUGGAAGUAUAUAGGUGUAUAAAAUUAAGUGUAACCCAUAUGAGAGUUUUCAACGGUUUAAGACUAGAUUUGUUGUUAUUGGAAAGCAUCAAGUAGAAUGGAUUAAUAGUAGGUGCGUUUCUGAGCACCAAUCUGUCUUAUUUCGCUACUUAUUUUGAGUUAUUUGACCAUAUUUUAUGAGCUUAACGGUAUAAGAUUUGAGUUGAAGGCAUUUCACAAGUCUUCAAUAUAAUUUCUGUUUAUUUUGAUGAAUUUUUGAGGUAAUUUCAGCAUAAGAUGCUCAAGAAAAAAGCCACAAAAUUUAAAAUAUUAAAAUAGCUGAAAACGUAAGCUGAACGACCUAUUAAGAGUCAUGGUCAAUGGGUUGUCGAAUGAUACUUGCUUAGAACUUUGAGGAAAUUUGAAUUUUAACCAAGGAAUUUCAUGUCAAGAAGUUGACGACUCUCGAAUCGAGGGGACUUCAAAGGUCGUGUCGUCGUGGAUUGUCACACUAGCUAGCUCGCUGAAGCGCAAAAGUGGUUAUUGGUUUGGAUUGUCGAAGGCUUUUGGUCUUCUUACGAUUGUACAUUAUUAUUAUUAUGUUUUGUUAUAAAUAAGGUUAUAGGUUAUUUAGGUUAUAUCUAUCUUUUAUUUAAUACAUACAUUCUAGUUUACUAUCUCUAAUUUCCAUCUUCAUUAUUUUUAACCUAAAGCCACCAUGAAUCACUUAGAUACUCCCUCAACAACCAAACUUCUAAGUUCAAUAACUCAUCUCAUUUGCAUAUGCAACAUCUUCUACCUAAUUUUCUUGAAAAAAAACGUUGCACUAACUUUACAACAAAUUCAAGCCGCCAUAAUGGAUACUCUAGUUUUCAGUUCAGAAUUUUGACACGAAAACUAAAAAAUUAAGUAUAAUAAAAGGGUAAAUAUAGUAGGAUCAACUUCUAAAAUAAAAAUUAGGCAAAUUAAUUAAAACAAAUUAAAAUAAAAAUGAGAUAAAUUAAAUAUUACAAAGUACUAUUAUUUUGUACCCCACUCAAUACAAGAACUAUACUAGUGCAUAAUAAGUUGGUCUCAAUUGUCUUUAGCCACCCACUAAUACUUUUCUUUAUUAUCCAACAACUAAAGCAAUCAUAACAAAUGGUUGGUGCCAUGGUGGCUUACAUAUACCAAACUUCAAUCAAAAAAAUCUAUAAAAACUCUAUUUCUACUAGUCCUUACUACUACAAAUCUUACAAUAUACUUCUACUUAAUUCAACACAAAAAAAAAAAAAAAAAAAAAACUACCCAAAAUAUUUUUCUAUUCAAUAAAAAAUCAAAAAUGUCUACUAAUCACAAUGAUCAAACCAUAGCUGACACAAAUGGUGUAAUUAAUGGAUCAUUAAAUCAUUCAAAACAUGAUCAAAAUGAAGAUGAAACAUAUGCAUAUGCUGCUCAAAUACUUAAUUCAUGUGUUCUUCCCAUGAUUUUAAAUGCUACUAUUGAUUUAGGUGUGCUUCAAAUCAUUAAUAAGGAGGUGGAUUCAGAUGGGUUAUCCACUACUGAGUUGGCGACCCGGAUCCAAUCUAAAAACCCGGAAGCUCCAGUUAUGUUAGACCGGAUGUUAAGGGUGUUAGCUACUUAUUCUGUAGUGAGUUGUAAGGCCAUUACCAACGAAGAAGGGUCGGUUCUGAGGUUGUAUGGACCCGCUCCGGUUACAAAGUUCUUUGUUCCUGAUGAAGAUGGGGUGUCCUUAGCCCCUAUGUUAAACUUGGUUAUUGACAAGGUUUUUCUUUCCACUUGGUGCAAAUUAAAAGAGGCGGUGAUGGAAGGAGGAAUACCAUUCAAUAAGGUAUAUGGAAUGCAUGCAUUUGAAUACCCAAGUGUGGAUCCAAAAUUUAAUGAGAUCUUUAACAAAGCAAUGCUUGCUCAUUCAACACAUACCAUAAAAAAGGUGAUCCAAAAUUAUAAAGGAUUUGAGAACAUUAAACAACUAGUUGAUGUUGGAGGAGGUCUUGGACAUAGUAUUAAUGCUAUUACAUCUCAAUAUCCUUCUAUUAAAGGAAUUAACUUUGAUUUGCCCCAUGUUAUUCAACAAGCUCCUCCACUGCCUGGUGUGGAGCAUGUUGGUGGAGAUAUGUUUGAAAGUGUUCCUAAGGGAGAUGCUAUCUUCAUGAAGUGGAUCCUCCACGACUGGAGUGACGAUCAAUGUCUAGUAUUGUUAAAGAAUUGUUAUAAGGCAUUGCCAGAAGAUGGCAAGGUAAUCGUCGUGGAAACAAACAUCACAGACGAGCCAGAGACGACAUCACUUUCAAGAGCUAUUAGUCAAUUGGAUGUGAGCAUGAUGACACAAAAUCCAGGAGGAAAGGAAAGGACUAGGAGAGAAUUUGAGGCUUUAGCUAAGGCGGCUGGAUUUUCUGGUGUCAAGAUCCAUUGUUAUGUAUGCAAUUUUUGGGUUAUGGAAUUUCACAAAUGAUCAUAUUUAAAAGUUGCAUAUCUACACUUUUAAUUGUCACCUACGAGUUUAAGUGGAAAUCACUUGAUCAUAUUCGCAUAAUGUAAUGGAAUGUUGUUGUAUUUUAAAGAUUCAAAAAGUUAAUCUUAAAAUUUAAACAAUAAUGUAAAGGAAAUCACUAGUU